AUGAAGAACAACAUCAACAAUGGCAACACAAAGCUCAUCCUUCUCCAUCCCUACAUUCAAAAACAAGCCAACCCGAACCGCCUUUGGUUCAUCGCUCUUAUCUCCGUUUUCACGCUCGCCUCCCUUCUAACGCUCGUUUACACCCGUGAAUCGUUCUAUGCAACCACCACCACCACCACUACCACCACCCGCCUCGCCUCCACCACCAACCACCACCACCACACGCUGCCCAAAAACGUGAUGAAAGCUCUCGUUCAUUAUGCCGCUCAAACCAACUCCACCGAUCACAUGUCGUUCACCGACAUCAAACAAAUCUCUGAUGUCCUCUCACAAUGCAAUUCACCUUGUAACUUUCUCGUAUUCGGACUCACGCCAGAAACCCUCCUUUGGAAUGCACUCAACCAUUACGGAGGCCGGACGGUUUUCAUCGACGAGAACCGCUACUAUGCUGCCUACAUCGAGGAAAAACACCCGGAAAUCGAAGCAUAUGACGUCCAAUACACCACCAAGAUCAGCGAGCUUAAAGAGCUAGUGAAUUCCGUUAGAGAAGAAACUCGUAACGAGUGCCGGCCAGUCCAAAACCUUUUGUUUUCCGAUUGUAAAAUUGGAUUAAAUGAUCUCCCAAACCAAUUAUAUGAACUAGAUUGGGAUGUGAUUCUGGUGGAUGGGCCACGUGGGUAUUGGCCGGAGGGACCAGGGAGCAUAUCGGCGAUCUUCACCGCCGGCGUGUUGGCGAGGAGCAAAAAGGGUGGGAAUAAUAAAACACAUGUGUUUGUUCAUGAUUAUAAUAGGGAAGUGGAGAGGGUGUCCAGUGAAGAGUUUUUGUGUAAAGAGAAUUUGGUGAAGUCUUCUAAGGAUUUGUUGGCUCAUUUUGUGGUGGAGAGAGUGGUGGAGGAGAGUGGCAACCACCAGUUUUGCCGCAACCAUCCGCCGACGUCCUCCUAG